GUUACUUAUUUGUCACAAAUGCCACUCUAGGUAUUUAUCAUCCUCAAUUGCGGUUUAUUUUUGAUCUAACUUCCUCACCAAAUUCAUGUUCACCACAACUCAAAUGGAAAACAGAAAGUCAAUUAGUUUUCUCACAUUUCAUAAGUGAAUAAGAACUCGUGUAAUUCAUUUCAAUGCACUAAAGUUAGGAAAUACCAUUGUUGUUUUUGAAACAUGGAAAUAAAUUUUUACCUUGUAGCAAAGGGAAGUUUGAGAGCAUGUCUGAUCAUGCUGAACCACAUUUAUCUCCUCACAUAUAUGUCUUGGAUAGUAAUAUUGUACCCAUUGAAGCUUUUGGGAUUCAGCGAUUUAUUCAAUAAAAUCGAAAGCGAGAUGAUGUUUGGAUUGACGAAAAUGAUUACGAUGUGGAACGAAUGGGCAGGAUAUGAAGUCUUGGAGGCAGGUGACGAUAUAAGGCCAUGUUUGAAGGAAAGAACACUUGUCUUGGUUAACCAUCAAGCACCAACAGAUUUCAUAAUGCUCUUGAGUGCGUUCGGUGGUUGGAAUCAAAUUAUACCAAACAUAAUGUGGAUUAUGGACCAUUUUAUCAGAUACUCAACAGUUGGUAUCGUGUCAUCGAUACGCAAAGAUUUCUUCAUACUUCAGGGAAAGGCUAAAAGAACAGAAAUGUUAAGCGCCUUGGCUGAGCAUAUCCAUAAAUACUACCUACCUUUGAAAAGAAAAUGGUUGGUCAUCUUUCCUGAAGGUGGAUUUUUGCGCAAGAGAAAAGCAAACUCGCAGAAAUACGGCCAACUGAAUGGUCUACCGCAUUUAGAGCAUGUAACAAUUCCAAGGGAAGGAGCUUUGAAAGUAAUCAUGAACGAGUUGAAGGCUGGAAAAUCGAAUUUGGAUCUUCCUUCCAGCGAGAACCGUGAAACACAUAAUCUGAAGUAUAUUUUGGAUGUCACAAUUGGCUAUCCAAGUGGAAAACCACUUAAAAUGUCAAGUAUAAUAUUUGGUGACCAUCCGCCCUGCAAGAUUGUUGUGUUUUACAGACUUUAUCCGAUUGAUGAAGUACCACAAGUUGAAGAAGGUUUUUCUGAAUGGCUUUUAAACAGAUGGGUUGAAAAAGAGAGAAUACUGGAAAAUUAUUACACUACUGGAGAGUUUCCAUUGGAAGCAAACUCUCAAAAACCAAGAUCAGUAAAACAAGAUUUCCCAGCCUAUUGUACCCUACAUUUAAUAUUUAUAAUGGCCACUAUUAUUUCUUACAAUGUGUUGCUUUCUGCAUUCCGAGUUUGUUUCACCUCAUAAAUAAUAAAAUUAUUCUCAUUA